UUCCUGCAGGUGGGCAGCGGUCAUGGAGGGCCGGCCGCCUCCGUUGGAGGAGCGGCGGCGGCUGCAGGAGGAGCUCAGCGAGUUUGUGGAGAGCUGCUACCGGACGCUGGGGGAAGUGACGGCGUCCCUGGGCUGGAGCCUGGAGCAGCUGGACCCCGGGGAGGAGGAGGCGGCGGCGGAGGGUGAAGGUGAAGUUGUGAUAUGUCCUUAUGAUUCCAAUCAUCACAUGCCUAAAUCAUCUUUAUCAAAGCACAUGGAAUCGUGUAGCCUGAGGAAAAUGGGCUAUACUAAAGAGGAAGAGGAUGAAAUAUAUAAUCCUGAGUUUUUCUAUGAGAAUGUGAAGGUGCCGUCAAUUACUUUGAAUAAGGAUGCACAAUUCCAGAUCAUUAAUCAAGCUAGAACCAAAGUUGGAAAAGAUGGUGAUUGUUACAGUCAAAGAAUGUAUUCUUCGUUGCCUGUUGAGGUUCCUCUGAAUCACAAACGGGCUGUUUGUGAUCUGACCCAAGCAGAUCGUCUUGCCCUUUAUGAUUUUGUUGUUGAGGAGACAAAGAAAAAGCGCUCUGAUUCACAGACCAUUGAAAACGACAGUGAUCUCUUCGUGGACUUGGCUGCCAAAGUCAAUCAAGAUACUAGUCGGAAAAGUCCAAAGUCCUACCUUGAAAUCCUGGCAGAAGUUCGAGAUUAUAAAAGAAGACGCCAGUCCUACAGAGCUAAGAAUGUUCACAUAACCAAGAAGUCAUACACCGAGGUGAUUCGGGAUGUGAUAAACGUGCACAUGGAGGAGCUCAGUAACCACUGGCAAGACGAGCAGGGCCGAGCAGAGGGAGAUGCUGAGAACAGCCGCAUUGUCCUGGUACAGCUGGUGCUGCGCUCCAAGUACAACAUGAGCCCACCCGAACCCUUCCCUACCCCACCCUCCACUCAGGUGCUGGUCACAGGUCGAACAUACGUGCACAGCGACACCUGGGUCAGUGUUUGCCCAAAUAGCUGUGCACUGCAGCCGGCGACGUUCCAGCACACGCUUGAGAUCUUCCGCAUCCCCUUCUUCCCGUGCACAGAUGCUGAAAGAACCGCUGUGGUCCUGGCUCUGUCUCGGCCGGGCGUGGUAACUUGA